CGUUUGUCAAAGUGAAUUACGUAACAAUUUGGCAUCUGACGAUUUUCGGGGGAUCAUCAAAUCAUUCCUUCAUCGAGCUGGUCGGCCAUCUAUCUCUCUCUCCUUCCGACAAACAACGCCGGUCCAUUUUAGCACACUGACAAUUGAGUAUGGAGCUUAAUGGAAUACCUUUGUGAAAGGCUUUAAUGAUGAUGGCAAGGCUAAUAGCUGCCUCUCAAUCUUCAUUGCUGCUGCCUCAGCUUCAACCACAUGCUACCUCACCUAGAAACGGGAUUUUAUCUGUUAAGUAUGCGGGAGUCUCUGUUUCUUCUUGUUAUAAGCUCCAUCUGUCUUCAACAGCCAAAUCAAAGACUUGCCAACUCCCUUUGACAUCUUCAGCUUUUUCUCAGCAUAAUUCCCACCUCCACAGGGGUAUAAAUGCAGCACCUGUUUCCAGUGCUUCAAGUCUGGAGAUCGACUCACCAACGGAGGUGUUUAACAUAACACCUGAUACUACUAGUGGAGGUGGUGAUGGUGGUAGUGUUGGAGAUGCAAAUGGAGGAGGUGGAGGUGGGGGUGGAGAUGGAGGUGAUGACAAUGGUGGAAAUAAAGGUGGUGAUGAAGCAUCAGAUGAUGCAGAUGGCAAGAUGAAUAAGGGUCUUUCGAUGUCCCAAAAACUAACCCUUGGUUAUGCUGCCCUAGUUGGACUUGGAGGCCUUAUGGGCUACUUGAAGAGCGGCAGCCAGAAGUCUCUAGCGUCAGGUGGACUAGCUGCUCUGUUGUUAUACUUCGUUUACACCGAGCUUCCUAAACGACCUGUAUUUGCUUCUUCGGUGGGGCUUGGCCUGUCUGCUGCACUCCUUGUUGUGAUGGGAUCACGGUUCAAGAAGUCAGGAAAGGUAUUUCCUGCUGGUGUCGUCUCACUUGUUUCUCUGAUAAUGACUGCUGGUUAUGCUCACGGGAUUAUGAGAACUUCGCACUGAGAUGAAGUUGUAAUUCCCAUAGCUCAACGUGACAGGUUUUGUUUCUCUUAGUUGAAGUCUCUAUUUGGUAAUGAAGUGAUGGACUCCAACAUCCUGUGAUAGUAUUGGUAGAAACUGUUUUGAGUUUUGACUUACUAAUCCUAGUGUAAAACUGUGGGAUUGCAUUUUGGAGUUUGUAUUGGCUUUUCUGUAGCUCUGUAAAUUUGCUCGGUUGGAAUAAUUUGCCACAGCAAAGUAUUUGGCCCAGUAGGAGUCAAAUGAGUUCUUUUAA